AGAAAAAAGUCGGUAGCAUGUGCUAAUAGAAAAGGCAAAACAAAAUAUGACACAAAGACAAAAUCCAAACUAAAUGGUCUCCUUUGUUUGGAUUAAACAUUUCCUCAAUAUCAACGCGUUCCGACAAAACAUUUCAAUAUUGCCAAAAUUGCAUUUCCUGGCAGAAAUGGACAGUAAAAAGGUUUUGACUAGCACAAGCACAUGUAUGCCAAGUGAUUCCUUUUGUGUGUUGUGGUUUUCAUCCACUGUGGAGCGAACUUCUACUGAGCCUCAUUCAUUCAUCUGCCCCACCAUAAAAAUGCACAGCUAUUUUAAGCACGUCGUAAAGUGAACCAUGUCACUUGGCCAGGCUGCCCAAUUGCAGGACUGUGAGAUAGGAGUCUGUCUCUGCACCCAGCCCACACCCAGCAUUGCCAUCCCCCGGGAUGCAUCCACAAGCCCAACUGGAGCAAGGACAAAGUGCCUCCUUCUGGAGAUGUCUGUAACUUCAGCUCACCCGCAGCAACUGGGAUGGCUCAUCUAGAGAGGUAUCUGCAUUUCUUUUUCUCUCCGCUUUAAAACAUCUUUCUUUACAUAAGGAAAGCUGCUACCUCUGUUCUGAGCACUGAGCCAAUAAAGCUGUCACAAAAAGGAUCUGUUGCCAGAGUCCAGAAAGGGUUAAGGCAGCAGUUGGAGAGGUUUGGGGUGACGUGUGCUUCUGGACGCCUGAGAAGUCUCUUGAAGGUAGUUCCCCUCUGGUGAGGAUGGGAGCGUGCUGAGGUCUGAAAUCCGAGAUCCCUCGCAGCCUGGAGCUGGUGAGGUCCCAGUAAAAGCUGUUUGCCUGCUUUCCCUUCCCGAGCAGUCACACCGCUGCACUGGCCUGGGCAGUAUGGAGCGAGCACCCUGGACACUUGUAGGACUUACUCUUCUCCAGCUCCUGCUCAUCUCCUGCUUGCCAAGAGAGUACACAGUGAUCAAUGAAAACUGCCCAGGAGCUGAGUGGAAUAUCAUGUGUCGGGAAUGCUGUGAAUAUGACCAAAUUGAGUGCAUCUGCCCAGGACAGAAACAAAGAGUGGGCUACACCAUUCCCUGCUGUAGGAACGAGGAGAACGAGUGUGACUCCUGUUUAAUCCACCCAGGCUGUACCAUCUUUGAGAACUGCAAGUCCUGUCGCAAUGGCUCCUGGGGAGGGACACUUGAUGACUUCUACAUCAAGGGAAUCUACUGUGCAGAGUGCAGAGCUGGCUGGUAUGGAGGAGACUGCAUGAGUAAGUGUCCUACACGGGCUGGGAGGGAUGUCAGGGACAGCGAGUGGUGGGACAGAGCCAGGGCCAUGCUGUGCCUUUCCAGCUAUUCCUGUACAGCAACUCUUGCAAAGGGCACAAGCAGGAGAAGGCAAAUACAACCAGGCAGUGAGGAGAUCUACAGUUAAGAAAAAUCUUCUCUCCCAGUGGUUGUCUGAGAGAUAUUGGACUGGGCCUCAUGUCAUGGUGGGUUAGAACCCUACUAAACGUCUGUUUGGGAUUGGUUUAUUUUAAUACUUUAACUGCCAUGACUCCAGAAAUCUUCUGAAAUCUUCAUUUCUUGGACAUACUUCAUCACUGUCCCAGAGCAUAAGCAUAAACAUUUACAAGGGCAACAGCUUUAUCUAAGAGCUUACCCUCUGUCCUCCUUCAACCCCUGCCAGCCCCAAUGAUAUCCCAGUGUUUCCUUCUCUGCCGGACACCUUCAACACCUCAACACCUUCAAGGUGCCUCCAGAAAACACCGUCUUGCAACUUCUGAUUAUGUCACAACAAUUAGUGAUUCAGGCCCUGGUAGCAAUAUCUAAAGGUUUUGUUCCUGACAGUGUACAAAAGCUCCUGCUUUUUUAGUUUCACUAAGUUGUUAAUCCCCAUUCUUUCAAUAAUUAAUUCCAUCAGCUAAUUAUAUAGUGUUCAAGACCGGUAUUUCCUUCACCAAUUUCCCAUCAGUGAAGGUGUAGCUCUCUUUCAAUUUUUAUUGACUGUCUCUUUGUUCCUAUUUCACUGGAAGGGAUAGACACAGAGUCUGCUUUCCCUAGUCCAUUCUGUCCAUUGUACUUUUGGCUUGUGUCCUCUUAGUCACUGAUUUUAAAGUAACAUUUUAACUUGCUUUCACAACACUGCCCAUGACCAUUCAGGAGGUGAAAACAUAUAAAAUAAAAUCAUUGCUUCAAAAAAGCAGAAUGU